AUGUCGCACUUGUGCAAUGAGACGCUGGUCACUUUGGUGAACGGGCAGUUCCCAGGGCCGGCAAUAGAGGUCACAGAGGGAGAUUCGGUGACCGUUCAUGUGGUCAACAUGUCACCCUACAACUUAACAAUCCACUGGCAUGGCGUGAAGCAGCGGCUCAACUGUUGGGCAGACGGGGUGCCAAUGAUCACCCAGUGCCCAAUUCAACCGAACCACAACUUCACGUACAGGUUUAACGUUGCUGGGCAGGAAGGAACACUGUGGUGGCAUGCUCACGUUGCCUUCCUCCGGGCAACCGUGCAUGGCGCCAUAGUCAUCCGGCCAAGACGCGGGGCCAGCUCGUAUCCAUUUCCAAAGCCUCACAAGGAGAUCCCCAUCAUUAUAGGUGAGUGGUGGCAGAUGGACCUUGCACAGGCAGAUUGGGCAAUAGCGCACGGCGUCGAUGUUUACUUCAGUGCAUCGACGAUAAAUGGAAAGCUUGGAGAUCUCUACAACUGUUCCAUUGAAGAUGGAUACAUGCUGGAUGUGGAACCCGGCAAAACCUACCUGCUACGAAUAAUCAACGCCGCGCUCUUUGCCGAGUACUACCUAAAGAUCGCCGGCCACAAGUUCACGGUGGUUGCCGCAGACGCCAACUAUGUUAGCCCCUACACCACAGACGUCAUCGCCAUUGCACCUGGCGAGACGAUGGAUGCCCUUGUGGUCGCCGACGCAGCUCCCGGCAGAUACUAUCUGGUAGCCCUGCCCAACCAGUCGCCAAAGCCAGACCCGCAGAGCCCGGUAUUGAUCACAAGAGGAAUGGUGCAGUACCGCGGAGUACAAGCACCCCCCAGUGAUAUUCCAGUGUCACCUGAGAUGCCUGACCAGGAUGACCUGAGAGCAUCAUUCCACUUCCAUCGCAACCUGACCAGCUUACUACGCCAUCCUCAGCGUACACCGGUACCGACACAAGUUGAUGAGAGCUUGUUCAUCACACUCGGUCUGGGCACCAUCUGCCGGCGAGGACAGUCCUGCAAGAGGAGCCAGAGUAACGAGACCAUUACGGUGGCGACCAUGAACAACAUCUCCUUCGAGCAUCCGUCGGUAGCCACGCCACUACUGGAGCUACACUACCACAACACCAACCGCAUGGGCAUGCUGCAAGCACUCCCGGACAAGGCCCCGAGGGUGUUCAACUACACCGACCCAGCCCUCAUCCCACAAGGACCCAAGGAGGCGAAGCUGGAGCCGACAUCGAAGGCGACACUUGCACGACGUUUCCGCCAAGGCACGGUGGUGGAGGUGGUGUUCCAGGGUACCGCGCUGCUGCAGAGUGAGUCGAACCCGAUGCACCUACACGGGCAUGAUGUGUUCGUGCUCGCUCAGGGGGAAGGAAACUAUGAUGCAGCGAGGGAUGUGGCAAGGUACAACCUUGUGAAUCCAGCCAUCAGGAACACCGUGCAUGUCCCAAGGCUUGGGUGGGUCGCUAUCCGCUUCGUCGCGGAUAACCCAGGGAUAUGGUACAUGCAUUGCCAUUUUGGGUUUCAUCUGUCGAUGGGCAUGGUAGCCUUGUUCAUCGUAGAGGAUGGGUUAACUGCCGGCACAUCCCUCCCGGCACCACCUGCGGGUUUUCCAUCAUGUGGCCAUAUCUAAGGAUGACAUGAAUUCUACCAUAUCCAAGGAAAUUGUAGUAUUAUUCAUGGAUGCAGUCUAAAAGGUGGCUCCAAGCACUAGCUUUCAAAGAAGCCAGAAAACAAAUAAUGACCAUGUAUUUUGAUAUGAAAUAUCAAAAAUAUAUAGCUGGUCUAAAUAAUGUUAAUCAGGAGGUUGUCUGCUAAUACAUAUACAUUUAGUUUGUAUGUUUGUACGGUAUU